AUGCCUCGUACGUUUUUAAUUGUUGUUUUUAUUUCUUUGUGUACCGUUUUUUGUAACAAUGUCGUGAAAUCUUUAACAGAAUCCAGGGGGCAGGAGGUUAUUGAGAUCGGUUCUCCAAUAAAAGAGCUCCCCGCAGACUUGGAAGAGGAGCCGUCCAUAGAGAAUGAAGAAGACGAACACGUGACUACUUCCACGACUACGACCACCAAGCUGACCACCAAGAAGGAGGUCAAGAAGGAGGUCAAGAAGGACACUAACAAACCUAAUGUGGUUGUGACCAUUCAUCCACAAAAACCUAACGCAAUACUCACCAAUGAAGAAGAAGAAGCGAAGAUUGAGAAGGAACUGUCGGAGAUCUACAAAGAUACUGUUUACUAUAGGGACAGUGCGGAAUCCACAUUGAAAUCUGUUACGAAGCCUGUACAGAAUACUACUUUAAACCUCUCAACGCUGAUAGCCCGAAGAAAUAAUAAUAAAAAAGAAAAUUUCCAAUUUCAACCCGAGCCGUUCAACAAGGCGGAGAUAGAAAGGUUCAGGACAUCGGUGGACGACAUCAGCUGCGGCAAGAAAUUGAAGGCCGGCGACGAUGUGAAGGUUGCCGGAACAGGCUACAAUAACGAUAUUAAUAUUUUAAUGUUGAAUUUCAGUUUGUUAUUAGGAAUUUUGUUUUAA